GAAAUCUCCAAUGUCAUGACUGUCAUUCAGCUUGACUGUCAUCGUGAAAAGGCAAAUUUCAUCCACGUUUUACGUGUAAUUGCAACAUUACAGGAAGCUCCUCUGAGAGUGUCUACACGUAAGGAGAUCUUUCAUUCUUGGCUAGCAUCUGAUAAAGCUUAAUUGCAAACCAGUCAAGCUGCACACUACAGUCGAUCAUGUCAGCAGCAUUGAUUGUGCCACUAUCUCUGGUCGGUGGCUACGCUGUGUUGUCCGUGGUACUUCUACGGUUUCCCCUUCUGAUUCACCGGAAGAAACAGACCAAGAUCAAUGCCAGGCUGAUAGCCCAUAGAGGGGGGGCUGGUGAGCAUUUGGAGAACACCAUCACAGCAUACAAGCAUGCCAUGAAUUCUGGAAUGGACAUGCUGGAAAUUGACUGCCAGAUCACCAAAGACAAAAAGAUUGUGGUGUCUCAUGAUGAUCAUCUAGAGAGGGUGACUGGAGUGGACAAAUUCAUCAGCGAACUAGAUUUUGAGGAAUUACCCCUCAUCACUCAAUCACUACCGGUUCAUUUCUGUAAAGGCCAGACUGUCUGUGGCAGUGCGUCAGACAGGAAAAUCCCCCUCCUGCAGGAGGUGUUUGAGACGUUUCCCAGUGUCCCCAUCAACUUGGACAUCAAGAGAGAUGAUGAUGAACUCAUUCACAAGGUUCUCGACAUGAUCAUAGAGUACAAGCGAGAAGAAAUCACAGUUGUAGGCAACUUCUCUGAAUCUGUGGUCCAGAAAUGUCACAAAAGAGAUCACGUCCAUCCCCUCAUAUUCAGCCUAGGAGGCAUCGGCAAGCUGGUGCUACUUUUCUACUCGGGACUCCUUCCCUUCUGGCCUCUCAAAGAGACCUUUGUUGAAAUCCCUUUAGAUUCGGUCAUCAAAUUCAAUUUUGACCUCCAGAAGCGAUGGCAGAAAGCCCUGCUAUGGAUGCUGGACUUCCUGCUGAUCAACAGUGUCUUGUUCAGGCAUCUGCAGAGGCGAGGAAUUAAGGUUUACGUGUGGGUGCUCAACUACGAGACACAGUGGGACAGGGCCAUGAGUAAAGGCGUGGACGGCAUCAUGACCGACUACCCUGUCAAGCUGGCCGAGUACAUGCGUGAGAAGGGCCACUGGCAGGACGGACAGUCGCAGCAAAAUAGCGACAACUAUCACACAUUUGAUAACGGAGUGGAACAGCAGACUGGUACCAGUAAAUAGAUAAGGACCGUUGGUUUUUGAAGUGUUGAAGUCAAGGUACUUGUGAUAGACCAAAAGUCCAUUGCAAGUCAUCCAGUCCCAAGCUUAGUCGCAAGCUGUUCACAUAAACUGUGACAAAACAUUCCUUUGUUGUUGUUCAUCCAGUGUUAUUUGGGACUGGAUUGGGAAUUGAAUUGUGAUAUACAUUACAGUGGAACGCCGCUAUUACAAACAUCGUGGGAUCCACAGAAAGUGUACGUAAUAACGAUUGUUCAGUAUAGCGAUUUUGAACCACCGGUACCCUCUUUUGACAUGUUUGACCAAUAGUGAACUGGCAUUUCUCACAUCCCGCGGCCGCACGAGGAGUCGUCAUGAAACUUUUGCAAGGGCUGGAUUUCCCUUUUAUUCCUUGGGGAAAUAAUAGCUAUCUAUCGCUCUUCAACAUUUAAACACGAUGUAACUAUGGGUCGUUUGAUGUUGGGAAAUUAAAAGUGGCCUAAAUAGUGUUUAAUACUUGUACAACCGGUAGAUUGUUUUUGUUAAUCUGUUGGUUUUUUUCCAACAACAAUGUUCGGUAUGUUUUGUACAUUCAAACCGGGAGCCAAGGAUGACGUUCGGUGUAGCCGAUUGUUCGGUAUAACGGUGUUCAGUAUAGCGGCAUUCCACUGUAUUAGUUAUCCUGCAAGUGGAACACGGAAUAAUGUAGCGCGUCUGUGUCCCACAUACCACAGAUGCACUACAUUUUCCAUGUUCUACCAGCUCGAGCGUAAUAACGAAUUUAUCUUCAAGCAAACUUGAAACACUAAAAAAUUUAACACGCACGCAAUACACAAAUGGCUAUCUAUUACACGUGCGUGUUUGUAUGGAAUGGCACGUGCAUCUUAGAAAAGUGCAAUACGCGGGUAUGGACUGUUGCCGUGCUACAAGGUUAUAUGUAGCACGGCUUGUUGCUAUGGAUCGACCAAUCAGGAUCGAGGAUUCAAGUUUACUUGAAGAUAAGUACAGUUAUACAGGCACCUGUUACCUGUCACAAAUACACAAACUUUUUUUAUAAAUCAUUACCCACUUUCACAAACUUGGGAGCUGAAUUGUGUGGUCAGAAUGUACAAAAAGUUAAACUUUUCCUGCAUUGC